AAGGAUUUCAGCUUUUUUUCACAAAUUUCAGGGUUGUUUUUUUUGUACUUUCUGCUAAUUUCUUGCCAACUUUUGGCUCACUAUCUCUUGCUCCUUUCCCCAUGUCAAUACUUUGUUAUGCAAUUCAGGUUAUGUAGAAAGGGGUACAUGCUGUAAAUCUGCAAAGACGUCUGGUGCAAGACAUUAUGAUGAACACUCUUGUAUCAACAAGAUCCUGGCAGUUUACUGGAAUAAUCCCCCCCACACACACACCUGUCUACUCUCAUGACGAUCCCUUGUGCUGUCUAUUCCUGCUUUUCCUUGAAAAUCAUGACAUCAAUUUCACAAUUUCUUGGCUCUCCUUGAUAUCUGCUCUUUUUUCUUCUUAUGUACAUUUUUGCUCCGGUAAACCUGUUGCUGUUUCCCACAAAGCACCAGACGCUGUGUCGACAUCUUUUUUUUUUUUUAAACAAAACUACCAGUAUCAUGUUUUAUUUAUUGCACAAAUCUGCAGCUAGGGAUGUGUAGGAGGAACAGCCCCUACAAUGCCACCCAGUGAGCUCAAGCUGGCUUCCUGUGGUCAUUGGGUUUCCCCUUAUAUUAACCUUCUUACUCAAUAUAUUAACUUUUUUUGCUGUUCUCUCCACACACAGUCUCCGAAGCAAAGAGGGAAGCUGGGAGUCAACAGUAGAGCAGGAAAGGUGCAAGAAAAGUGGAAACUUCUGGAGUGGAAUUACUGUUAAAAAAGACGGUUGAAGGUCGGUGGUGUGAGUUUCACAGCUAGACUCUGCAGAGGCUUUCCUGAUGGCAUCCAAUAUCACCGCCACCCCCCAGCAGCCCUCUCUGCCCGUCAGCCACCAGGUCGGCAUCGCCAUCCUGGCCCUGGCGUUUGUGCUGGGCUUCCCCGGGAACCUGUUUGUGGUCUGGUCGGUGUUGUGUCGGGUGAAGAAGCGCUCAGUGACCUGUCUGUUGGUGCUGAAUCUGGCUGUGGCAGAUGCUUUCGUGCUUCUCAGCGCCCCUCUUUUCCUGCGCUUCCUGGCAGGGGGCCGGGGCUGGGAGUUUGGCUCUGCGGCGUGCAAGCUGGUGCAUUACCUGUCAAACGUAAACAUGUACGUGUCCAUUUACGUCAUCUGCCUGAUGAGCAUGGACCGCUGGAUGGCCGUGACGAGGCCUUUUCUGUCCCAGAGAAUGAGGAACAAGCGCUCCCUGCUGGUUCUGCUGCUGGUGGUCUGGGUGUUAGCCUUCAUCCUGUCACUGCCAAUGCCUUUCUACCGCAGUAAUCUGAAGAUUCCACGACCAGACAAUACCACAAUAAACAUUUGUGUGCCGUAUCACUGGAAGAGCUUGGCUCACGAAGUUUUCCAGUACGUGUUUGAGACCAUCAUGGGCUGCCUGGUGCCUUUCUCCCUCAUCAGCACCUGUUAUUCCUCCGUCAUUUGUCGUCUGCAAAGGGCCCAAUUCCAGCGCAGAGCACAAGGCAGCCGUCUCAUCCUGCUGAUCAUGAGUGCCUUUGCGAUCUUCUGGCUGCCCUAUCACAUAGUCAACGUCAUACAGGUGGUCGGUCUGCUGCAGGGCAGUGAGUCAGUGAUCGCAGCUGCCAAAACAGCACGUCCAAACGUCACGGCCUUCGCUUUCUUCAGCAGUGCUGUCAACCCCAUUCUCUACGUGUUCGCCGGCAGCUCCCACAUUCGCCAGGCCGGCCUCAGCUUCAUGGGCAAGCUCUUCGAGGCCACCAACUCGGAGAGCAGGACCACGUCUACCUUCACGCGUAGCGGCCGCUCGAGCCGCAGCAACUCUUCGCCGGAUGAGGGCUCUGUCCUGCAUACACUCUCAACCAAACUGGGGAAGCCUUUCAAAGGCAAGAACAAGGACAGGAGCAGCAGCGUGGCGGGGAAAGAGGUCGACGAGCCUGAACUCAAGACUCUGGCCAGCGUUGAUCCGUCAGAUUAUAGCACUUAAGUGCAAACACAAGCUGUUUUUCUUGGACUAUUUUUCUUAGGUUGAACCAUCAAGUCUAUUUUUAAAAGUGCCGUAUGAUUUGGUUUACGACCAAACUCCCACAAAGCUGAUGCUAUUUCCGUCAGCCUCAGCUGUACUUUGUGUUUAGGGAUAAUUAUCAAAAGUUACCAUGCUGUGUCAGAAGUGAAGCCGCGAAACCGUUACCAUGGCUGCACUGUAGAAAGAGGGACCGUUCACAGGUAAAAGAUUCACUCAACAGACUUUCUUGCUGUGUUUGUUUUUUUUUAAAUAAGAACAUUGUUGGUCCAGAAAUGCAAAAAAAUAAUUUUUGUAUAACAUUUUGUAAAUGUUAUAAGUUUCUCAGACAUGGCCUUUUUAAACCUAAAAACGAUUGACUGUUUAUGGCAGUGACUUUAAUGUAUAUAUAUUUAGUUAUAUAAAUCACAUAUAUUU